CUGCAGCUGCAAGAAGCUGCACUGCAGAAAGAACAGGGCGAGUGAAAGAGAAUGAAGUCCAACUUAGAAAAAAAGAUGAGGGAGGAAUGAGAGAGAGAGAGAGAGAGAGAGAGAGAGGCGGAGGAGAGGAGAGAAAAGUUGAGUUAGAGCCAGAUUUUCUUCAGCAGUGAGACGGAGGCUCUUGUGUUUAGUCUGCAGUAACGGAAAGCGCACUGCUGUACUGCUGUUCUGCUGUUCCGCUGUUCCGCUGUCCCGGGAUGGAGAGUGUGUGUGUGUGUGUGUGAGUGUGAGUGCGUUCGAUGACUGAUGGUGUGCGACUGCACGUGUGUUAGAACAUCAGGAGCAGAAGAGCAGCAGUGUGUAGUCCUGAAGACGCUUUGACUUACCGUUUGUCCUCUGGAAUUCUCGCUAUAGGACACAUAGGGAGUUAUCUGAGCAUCGGAAGAGCCUACACACACAACCUGGAAUUUUUCCUCAUAACCCGGAGCUCUUGCUAGGUCUCCAUACUCUGCAGGAAUCGCCCAGAGUUUUCGGAACAUUUACCUCCCUGUUAUCCAGGUGUGACCCAAACCACCAAAACCUCUAAGCGGGAAUUCUAGGAAACGGACGGAAUACUAAGGAGCACGGAGCGGCGGAGAAACGUUAGAAAGGACUGAGAGAUGGAGAUCCGGAAAGCCAGAAGGUUUCUGCCAGAAAGGAGCUCUGUCAGCCUUCUCCUGAUGGUCAUGUUCAGUGUGUAUGGGACGCUUGAGGCACUGGAGAUGAACGUCGGGAAGGUCCCCUUUCUAGAGGCGGUGAACGGUAGCGACGUCUUGCUGCCCUGCACCUAUGCUAGUUGUAUGGGCAUCGAAAACCUAUACUUCAAAUGGGAGUACAAUGACAAUGGCACCAUGGUGAAGAUUAUGGAGUCGGUGAUCCCAACAGAUCACGGAGAGCUGAUGAACAAGCACAUUUACCGGGAACGUGUGGAAUUUAUGGGUUCCACUAAGACAAACAAUGUGUCCAUAAUGAUCUGGAAUGUGACCUUCGAGGACGCUGGCCAGUACACUUGCUUUGGCAAGAACCCCAAAGAGAAGGGCAAGAACCACAGCGCCAUCUUCACACUCUAUGUGGUGGAUGAAUUACGAGUUGUAGAUAACACUCUCACCAUCAUCAUCGUGUCUUGUGUGGGAGGCUGCAUAGCUCUGCUGGUGAUCUUCAUGCUGCUUAAGAACUUCACGCUCUUCGUCCUUGCCAAGCUCGAGGAGAAAAAUAAGGAGUGCCUCGUCUCCUCAGGGAUCGAUAAUACGGAAAACGGUCUGUCCGGCUCCAAAGUGACACCCAAACCUACACCAAAGAAAGCCUGAGAGUGACACACCCACCCACACACCCACACACACACGCACACACACACUCACCAACAUGCCAACCUCCUUCCUGCCUGGUCACAAAAAACACCCCCCCCCCCAAAAAAGAAAAAAAACCCCACACAUUACUGUGUGAUGCAUUUCUACAUGAAGCAUUUGAUUAUUUGUAUAUUUCAUUCAUGUCUAAGCGUAAAAUGUGAAUGAGAACAGGGCGUAUCGGGUUCUGCAUAUAUUGCACACUUUCCUCUCAAUAUCUAUCUACUACAAUGCAAUGUACAGAGUUAAAUCAGCUGGACUCCAGCAGUUAGGACUGCAUGAAGCAAUUUUGAGUCCUCAGAAAAAAAAAGCAAUGGGGGGGGGGGAAGUCUUUCAAUUUAUUCCAUCAUUGAAAUUUCUAUAUAUUUUUAGGUAAUUUUUUGCUUAAGAUUAAACCAGGUGCCUGUAGCUGCUUCUGUCACCACCUAUAGGUGGGGAGGACUAUGCUAAUGCAACACACACACACACACACACAAAGUAAUGCAAACAAAACAGAACGCACACAGAAAAAUGUAGAAACAUGUAGCUGCUGCUAGCUGAUGAAUGAAUACUUGAAAAAUCCCUAGUUUUUCCUUUCCUUCUAGAAGAAAACAGAAGUGCAAAUAAUAAUAAUAAUAAUAAAAAAAACACUGACGAUGCUGCUUUACAACACUAUUAAGCGAUGCUUCUUCUAGCAUGGUGAGCGCCAACACUUGUUUACUGUAACAGUAGAGAAACACAUUAUAUAACGACGUUUACUAUAACAGUAGAGGAAUAUAUGUAGGUUUUUUUUUUUUUUUUUUUAAAUUCAAGAACACAUUAACGUAUUAAACUCGGAUAGGGUGCAUUGUAAUACGAACGUGAGCUUACGGAUAAUAAAAUGAUCACCACUCAGCAACUUACGAAUGCAAUAUUCUGACAUUAAGCACACUUUAAUCAGCAUGAGACCAGCGCAGGCUCAUUAACCAACAAAUACCGCGCUGUAACCUGUAACUUAUUGCAUACGUUUUGCCUUGUGUAAGGGGUAUACACACUGUACAAUAUUCUGUAUAUUAGAUAUGUUUUUUUAAGCUCAGUUUGCUGUAAAUCCAGAUGUUCUGCAACUGAAAUAGGUACUGAGUCAAGAAAUGUAGAAUGGAAACCGGGGAAAAUUUUUUAUUAUUGAGCUUCAAAUAUGAUGCACUGUAGGUUAGUACAGAGACUGAACAGGAAGCGUUUUGUAUUUUUGACUGAUGUUCGUGUAACUAUUUGGGCUGCAAUGAUGAUACUGCAGUGAUUUUAACCGACUGGAAGUUUUAAACAACUAUUUAAUACUAAUUUUCGACCACCCUACACUGAAAUAAAUUGAUUUCAUUUAAACGUGUAAAUCGGUUCUGCGUGACUGAAUCGAAUAACAUGAACACAUCCGACAUGAUUUUCAGCGUGUAUUUUUAAAUCCCUGAAUAAAAUUAAACCCUGUUGUGAGAUCUGAACCCGCGAUGCAGGUAUUUUGGGUCAGACGCAUUUCCGUUACUUAGACGUAAUAAUAUAGUUACAGUUCCCAUGAGCGCCAACGUCCUGGUGAGAUUUAACCGAGUUUAACUGGUUUGCAUUAAUAAUAUGCGAAUUCAUCACACACAUUCUACGUCAUUCAAACUAAUCAUUAAAAACGUGUUUAAAUUACGUUUUGUUAAAUUAUUUUCCGCUAAACUAUACAUUAUAUGUUUUCUUAAAUCUGACUCACCACAUAUUCCUUUUUUUAGUGUGGCUGUAUUCACAAUAAACAGUCUUCUGGCUAAGUUACGUCAAUCUCCAAUUUCACCUCAAAUAUGACAUUUUUCAAAAAUACAUAGUUCAUAUUUCCGAUUAUAAAGAAGUAAACAGGCCAAAGUGCGGUAUCCGAUUCCGUAGUGCUGAUUUUUAGGAGAAGGUGUGGUAAUGUUUAUCAACACAUCUAUAUGCUAAUGCUAGCAAAUUAAUAGCUAGACAGAAACUACAGUUGCUGUUUUUAUCUUGUAAACCACCAGAUGGACAAAGUUUUCUGCCCUCUUGAGUUUUACUACAUGAUUUAAAUUCUUACUUCUGAAGUAAUUGGAACUGCUACCAUUUGCUAGCCUGUUUUUGAUUUAGCUCAUUCCUCCUUUCGACUUCUGUUGAUAAAAUCUACCUAAGCGCAACCAAAUUUAAGCUAAAAUCUGGCCCAGUGCCUGGAAUACUGGUGAUUACAAGCGGAAAAUGUUAUUCUAAAGAAUAGAAAUCACAGUUAAUCUGCAGUUUAACAGGAAGCUGAUGUGCUUUCAGCUCCUCUUGUCCUUUCUUGACUCGUUGCUCAGCCUUCUUGAUCCAGGUGAUUGCCAUUGUCAAUAUUAGGAUCUUACAAUCAAACAUUAAAAUUAAAGUCAUUUUAAAGGAAGAGGACUGAGCGGGUUAUGCUUUUGCCUCCUCAGUGAGAUCGAGGCUUCUGCAUUCUUCUCAAGGAAUCAUUGCGGUAGAUGAUGAAGGCUAGUGUUUUUCUUGAAAAUGUGGAAGCUUGUCAGUGUGUUGUAAAUUGUAUACAGGCGUAAAUACUGGUUAGAAACCGAGGUUAAUGGGGGUCAAUAAAAUAAUGGAAUGUAAAGCUCUGUACUGAGAUCUAAAAGAAUCAAAUCAUAGAUUGUACAGUGAAUCAGAUUUUUCCAUUUUUAUUUAUUUUUUGUCAUGUACCGUUUGGCCUACACUUAUAAUUGUGGCAGGGUUAAAAUAACAAAAAAUUCUAUUAAAUGUAUUUUAUGUAUUACAGCGAAAUUUUUCCUGUUAUUAAAAUCUAUAACAGUUCCUCCUGAGAUCACUUUCAGUUUCAAGCACUGAAUGUGUUUUAACUUCACUCACAUUGCCUUACAUAAGUGAUGAUGGGGAAUUAGAGUGAUUUCUGUAUGAGAUUUUGGUAAAGAGUGAAUAUCUAUUAAAAAAAGUGAAAACAAUACCCUUAAAAAAACAGAUGGAAAGUCCUAUCUUGAAAUCUACUUUUUAUUAUAGAAUUAAAAUAAACCAGAUCAUUUAACUUCUUUGUAGAAAUGAAUCUUGUUAAAAACAUUAAAAAGUGUAUAAAUAUUCAUUUAAGAAUCUUAUAUUUGCUUUAUGGUAAUCUUAAAAUAAGAAAUAGCAAAUUAAUCUGACUAGAUUCAACUUGCUAAGAAUUGAUUUGCAGUGUGAUCAAAAGGACGGGAUGAUGUUACUGUGAUAAUUCAGCAAUAAGCAAUAAACCGUACUGUAGCUACGAACCAAAAGACUCGGUGGCAGAUAGGGGAAAAGCGUGAACCUCAAUAAAUAUUGAAAUUAAAACCUCUGUUAAGUGUGAACAUGAGAUUUUACUUCAGCUGUAAUUAUUAGAUGAAUGGAAAAGAGAUGUUAAAUAAAAUCUUGAAACCAAUUUACACUAUAUAAAUAUUUAUUGUCAUUUUUAGUUUACCAUCUUCACUGGGUGAAAUGUCAAGAUCUUCAAGAUCGUCAAGACCUUACGAUUGCCGAUUUGUUGUUUCAAAUGUCUGAGUUGCUGGAUGAUGUGUCAGGAAUUGAUGCAUUAAAUGAUCAAUGCUGUAAAUCUUCUGAAUGUCUGGUUAUUGGGACUUAAGGGCAAAUUAACAGCUUGUUUUUUUUGGUUUUUAUAAAAACACAGGAAGAAGUUUUGUGUAAACUGUCAAUUGAUGGUUUUGAAUGAUGCAUUUCAACAAAUUUACUCAAAUUAUUAGUAAAUAUAUAAACAGUGCGACCUUACAUCACUGCUUUAACUCAUUUUCCCAGACAUUUAAGCUUGCUUUAAAAUGUUUUUCCUCCAAAAUCGCACAGGAUCCGAAAGAAGAAAAAAAAAAAAAAAAACAAUUCAACGUCAGUUUAAUUCCUUAAAUCUCUUUAUUGAAGUUUCCAGUGCGACUCUGAUAAAAGACAAGGUAUGGCACAGUUCUAUGUAUAUUAUUCAACACAACACUGAUCUAAACACUAAAAUAAAUUUUAAAAAAGUGCCCCAGAUGCCUAAUAUUUAUUUUAAAAUAUAUAUAUAUAUCCAUCAAUACGCAUGUACAAAUUAACCGAUACCCAGAUGGCAGGGUAAUUAUUUUUUGUUUUAUGUCUUCAUGGGUCCUCUUCCAAUGCAGACUUUUACUACAUAGAAUUCUUAAGGGUAUUUCUGCAACAAAAAAUGGAAAAAAAUAAAAAAUAAAUUCACACACCAGAUGGUAGUGAACAUGGUGCAUAAUGUAAGUGUGUAGCACAUGAUUUGGGACACAACAGAAAAAAUAUCAGACUUUUGGAGCAUUGACCAAGUUCAUGUCAUGUAGGAAGGCAAACAAAUCUAAACAACCAUUAAAUUAUAUCUUUAUUUUCACACACACCUCCAUGAUGGUGUAAAUCCAGUUCAGUAGCUGUCCGACAUCAGUGUAAACUCCAGGCAGACCUUUACGGGCACAGCCCUGUCCCCAGCUCACAAUGCCCACCAAGUGCCACCGGGACGACAGGAACACCAGUGGUCCUCCGCUAUCCCCCUGCACAGAGACCGAGAACGAAAAUAAAACCCCCAACCCAGUCAGUAAAGGUUUCAUCAUGUUUAUGUUAGGUUUGCAGAAUGACAGUUCAUGUGGGGUGGGGUGGGGUAGUGUGAGGUGGGUGUGAAUACUUACUGCAAGUCACCAGAUCCUCCACUUCUAAACUAGGUUGAAUAAGAAUCUCCUAAGCAAUAAAACACUACAUGAUCAGCUGGUGCAACUGUUAUUGUCUCAAAGUUGGUUUACCUAAACUGCAGCAGCACAUCCCCAAAUAGUUUAUUCAUCUUCGUCGAAAACACUUUUUAUCCAUGUAUUGUUACAUUUUAUGAUGGGAAACAGCCACAAAAUUUAGAAACUUUCAUCACAGUUAAACAGUUGUUCCCUCAUCUGUCUUUUUUCCCCCCUCCAUUUUCACUCCUCAGUCCUGAAGAGUUUCCCCUCGUCACAGAGACUCCUUCCAAAAGCAUUACAUGUCUCCAUCAAAGCGUGUUUUUAAGCCAUUAGUGUCCACCAAACAAAUGUAUUUAAAUGAUUGGUUAUUAUAAAAGCAACAAUGCACAUGAUUAUUCAGUUCUAGAAGAUGAUAUUUUGACCAAUGGGAGGUGAGAAAGAAUUUAUCACCUGACAGGAAUCUACUCCUCCUUUCAGAAAGCCAGCGCAGAGCAUCCUGGGAGUGAUGGCAGAACCAUAGAUGGAUGCAUUGGAACAUACGGACCUGUGAAUCAAAGGAAUUGUGGCUUUCUGCAGAACAUCUGGCAGUUGCCCUGGGGAGUAUGAUGGACAGUGAGGGAGGACAUCAUCAUUAUUUCAUCAUAACAUUAACAACUUACUGUCCCCUCGUGGUACACCCCACCCGCUGACGUCCCCCUUGUGGUAUAUCCAAUCCACUUACGAUCCCCUCGCAGUACACCCCACUCACUUAUCCCCCCCAUGGUACUCCCCAUCCACUUACCUGCCCCUCAUGGUAUGCCCCAUCUGCUUACUGUUCCCUCGUGGUACACCCCACCUGCUUAACAACCUGCAGCGUGAUCCGAUGACUGAAAAUCGUGCAGUGUGAACCCGGCAUUACCGUCCCCUCUUGGUACGCCCCACCCACUUACCGUCCCCUCUUGGU